AUGGCUCAAGCCGGUGCUGGCUCCGCUUCGAAAGAGGUGAAGAAGGAGUCGGCGACCGCCCGACUUUUAGGUUCCGGGACCGCUGGAAUUGCGGAGUUGUUGGUUUUCCACCCAGUUGAUACGACCGCGAAACGCUUGAUGAGCAACCAGAGCCGGAUCACAUCUGUCCAUGGCUUGAACCAAGUCAUAUUCAAAGAGUACGCCGGUGCUUCCUUGGGUCGCAAAUUCACCUCCCUCUUCCCUGGUCUGGGCUACGCUGCUGGUUACAAAGUUCUACAACGUAUCUACAAGUACGGUGGCCAGCCAUUCGUCCGAGACUAUCUCGCCAAACAUCACGGUGCCGACUUCGACAAUGCUUUCGGAAAGGGUACCGGCAAGGCUAUUAUGCACGCAACCGCUGGAAGUUUGAUCGGCAUUGGAGAAAUCGUUCUUCUUCCUCUUGAUGUCCUGAAGAUCAAGCGUCAGACAAACCCCGAGGCUUUCCGUGGUCGUGGCCUGAUCAAGAUUAUCUCCGACGAGGGUAUGGGACUUUACCGUGGUGCCGGCUGGACUGCGGCUCGUAAUGCUCCUGGGUCUUUUGCGCUUUUCGGCGGUUCGGCUUUCGCCAAGGAAUACAUUUACGGUUUGAGUGACUACAACUCGGCCAGCUGGUUACAGAACUUUGUCGCCUCAGUUUGCGGUGCCAGUGCCUCCCUCAUCGUGUCGGCUCCCCUGGAUGUGAUCAAGACUCGGAUCCAGAACCGCAACUUCGAGAACCCGGAAUCGGGCUUACGGAUUGUGUCCAACAUGGUCAAGAACGAGGGCAUGACCAGUUUCUUCAAGGGUUUAACACCCAAGCUGCUGAUGACAGGACCCAAGCUCGUUUUCAGCUUCUGGCUGGCUCAGACGUUGAUUCCUGCCUUCGGUCAGGUUGUUUAG